UGUUGAUCCAGGAUAGAUAAUCUCUUAAGCAUCUCGUAUAUGCAGGUAUUAUAGUCUGAAACCCUUUGAUCAAGAUGGAAGCCCCUACCAUGCGCCAGCGUUUCGAAGAGUACAUCUUCGGUCUCCAAGAGGAGAUCAUCACUUCCUUUGAAACCCUCGAUCCCAAUGCUCCAAAAUUCAAACGUGACUCUUGGCAACGAGCACAUCAAGGAGGCAAGGGUGUAUCGGGCGUCUUCUUUGUUCCCCCUUCCGAAGAUGGAUCACCUGGCCCACAAACAAUCCUGGAGAAGGCUGGCGUUAACAUAUCUGUCGUACACGGCAUGCUCCCCCCUGCUGCAAUCAAAGAAAUGCGUGCAGAUCACUCUUCUAUCCCCUACGACGGGAAAACUAGUCUUCCGUUUUUUGCGGCUGGAAUAAGUCUCGUCGUGCAUCCUCGCAAUCCCCAUGCUCCCACUGUGCAUGCCAAUUACCGCUAUUUCGAGAUUUCGGAGAAAGCCGCAGAGGAUGAGGGUACUAGCAAGGUUGUUGCAUGGUGGUUUGGAGGAGGCUCUGAUCUCACGCCAUCGUAUCUCUACGAUGAAGAUGCACGUCACUUCCAUACGACGUUGCAGAAGGCCUGCAACCAACAUGGUAGCGAACUAUACCCUGUGUUCAAGAAGUGGUGUGACGAAUAUUUCUAUAUCGUCCACCGUCAAGAAACCAGAGGGGUCGGAGGACUCUUCUUUGACGAUCUCAGCACUGAGAAGCAUGCUCGGCUCUCAGAGGAUAUCAAACGACCUCGAUCGUCAGAGGAGAUAUUCGACUUCAUAAAAGCAGUGGGAAAUUCAUUUGUCCCCUCCUACUUGCCCAUUCUUGAGCGUAGGAUGUCGAUGCCCAGCACCGACCAACAAAGACGCUGGCAGCUGAUACGCAGGGGGCGUUAUGUCGAAUUCAACCUCGUGUACGACAGAGGUACCAAGUUUGGGUUGAAAACGCCUUCUGCGCGUAUUGAAAGCAUCUUGAUGAGCCUUCCGGAGACUGCAAGGUGGGAGUAUAUGACGGACAUGGGAUCAGAUUUAGAGAGUGAGGAAGGGCGGUUGAUUGCAGUUUUGAAACAGCCCGUCGAUUGGGCUGGUUUGGAGAACUUGUAGCGAUGAUUUUUCAGCCGCUGGGUUUGUACGUUACUCGUGAGGAAAAUUUAUAGCUAUCUUCACAUCGAUAGACCAGAAUUUCAAAAAUUCACAGAGCCGUUUUUGUUUAUUGUUGGAGUGACACCAAACAGAGGCGCUAGCUACUUUUGUAAGACGUACGUCAACCCGACUUGUGGGACUUGCCCGAGGCGGUACGGGUGUGGCCUUGGAAUCGUACUGAUCUGCGACCAACUGCACACAGUACCGUACUGCACUACUAUUACCAAGUGUCACAUGGGUAACCUUCAUUGUCGAGCGAAGAAGCCCUCGCAGAACUUGUGCACAUGGCAACAUAC